AUGUCAGACUUUAUCCACAAGGUUCAGUCGAUAACUUCCCAGAGUGGACCCCAGUCCACCGUGCCUGAGAUCUACCCUCACGCCGACAACCACCACAAGCAGUCGCACGAGUUCCAUGAAGCGAGAGACUCGGGCAGCCGCGCGCAGCCAGGUGGCUACUACGUGCCAGCGUACGACGAGGAAGAAGUCACCGUCAAGGAAUGGUUUCAGCAUGUCUUUGCACACCCAUUGACUUUUAUCAAGAAUUACCUCAUCUCGCUUUUCCCCAUUGCUCGCUGGAUUCUCCACUACAACUAUAAGUGGCUUUAUGGAGACUUGGUUGCCGGUAUAACCGUUGGGGUGGUUUUGGUUCCCCAGUCCAUGUCCUAUGCGCAGUUGGCUGGUUUGGAAGCCCAGUACGGGUUGUACUCCUCGUUUGUUGGUGUGUUUAUCUACUCAUUCUUUGCCACGAGUAAAGAUGUCUCGAUUGGCCCCGUUGCUGUGAUGUCGUUGCAAGUGGGUAAAGUCAUUGCUCACGUUCAAAGCAAAUACGGCAACCAGUACUCGCCUCCUGAGAUUGCCACUUUUUUAGCGUUGAUUUGCGGUGGGAUCGCCACCGGUAUCGGUAUCUUGAGGUUGGGCUUUAUCUUGGAAUUCAUCUCCAUUCCCGCUGUCAUGGGGUUCAUGACCGGUUCAGCAUUCAACAUCAUCUCGGGCCAAGUGCCCGCGUUGAUGGGCUAUGGAAGCAAAGUCAACACCAGAGAGUCAACUUAUAAAGUCAUCAUUGAUACUUUAAAGGACUUGCCAUCAAGCACCAUCGAUGCUGCGUUUGGCUUGGUUUGUUUGUUCAUCUUGUACGUUUGGAAGUUUAGCACCGAGUGGGCCCAGAAAAGAUGGCCCAGACACAAGAUGUAUUUUUUCUAUUUUCAACAGUUGAGAAACGCCGUGGUUAUCAUUGUGGCCACUGCCAUCUCCUGGGGCAUUGUCCACCCAAAGAAGGUUGCUUGGACGGGUCCAGAAAAAAAGUUUGUGCCCCCAAUCAAGACCAUUGGUAAUGUUCCUAGCGGGUUGAGACACGUUGGUGUCAUGACUAUUCCCGAAGGUAUCGUUGGCGCCAUGGCUUCGGAAAUCCCCGUGUCUACCGUUAUUUUGUUAUUGGAGCACAUUGCCAUUUCCAAAUCUUUUGGUAGAGUCAAUGAUUAUAAGGUCGUUCCAGAUCAAGAAGUUAUUGCGAUUGGUGUCAACAAUUUGAUUGGUACUUUUUUCAACGCGUACCCGGCCACUGGUUCAUUUUCAAGAUCAGCUUUGAAAGCCAAGUGCGGAGUGAGAACUCCAUUGGCAGGUAUCUUCACCGGUUGCGUUGUCUUGUUGGCCUUGUACGCAUUGACCUCGAGUUUCUACUAUAUCCCCAAAGCAGUGUUAUCGGCGGUUAUCAUCCACGCUGUUUCUGACUUGAUGGCUGAUUAUAAAGUCACGUGGUCGUUUUGGAAAAUCAGUCCCAUUGACUGUGGAAUAUUUUUGAUUGCCGUUAUCUUGACCGUGUUUGUCACCAUUGAAGCCGGUAUAUAUUUUGCCAUUGCUGCCUCGUUGGUGGUCUUGUUGUGGAGAAUCGCCUUGCCCACUGGGUUUUUCUUGGGCAGAGUCCAAGUUGCUGAAAUUGUCAAUCCAGUCAUCGAAGGCGGUAGCGGCAGCGGCAGCGGUCACCACCACCGUUCCAAGUCCAACAACUCGAACGAUGGAUCAACUUCCGACUCUGAUAUUGAAAUCCAUCAAGUGUUGAGCAGAGGUUCCGAACUUGGCGGAUCGAUCGAACCCAAGAUCAAGGACAAGAGCGAUAUCAACGUGCAAGACCGCACCACCACCUAUGCAUUGCAAAAUGCCAAUCCAAACGUCAAGUUCCACACUCGAUGGGUGCCGUUGAACAAGAAAAACAUCAACGAUGGAAUCGUUGUGAGUCCACCACCACCGGGUGUCCUUGUAUACAAGCCACUAGAAUCAUUCACUUAUCCAAAUGCAUCGCGUCAAAUAGAUAUCGUUUCAGAUGAAGCCAAAAAAUUGACCAAAAGAGCCAAACCCUAUAGCACAUCCGACACCGGCUCAAGGCCAUGGAACGACCCCGGUCCAUUGAAAUGGAACUUGCCAUUCUUGAGAAAAUACAACGUGCCCGAGAAGCACGACCAGGACUAUCGUCCGAUCUUGCGUAUUAUCCAUUUCGACUUUUCAACCGUGUCGCAAAUUGACGUGACUUCCAUCCAGGCGUUGGUUGACUUGAGGAAGGCGUUGAAUGCUUACGCUGAUCGCGAAGUGGAGUUUCAUUUCUCGGGCAUUUUAAGUCCCUGGAUCAGAAGAGGUUUGUUGAAUGCCGGCUUCGGUACUUAUGAAGACGGGUUGACUUCAAGCAACAACUAUGUGGGCAUUGCCGCUGGAUACGACGACUUGGAAGAGAAUGUCGAUGAGCAGUACCUUGCUGCUGUGGGAACAAACACUCCCUUCUUCCAUUUAGACAUACCCGAUUAUAGAUAA